AGAAACAUGAUCUUGCUCGUCCUCAUUCCGAGUCUCACACAUCUGCUCUUCAUUGGAUCCCUCCGUUCAGUCGCUAAGAAUACUCCGAAUCGCUUUAUUGUUGCGUCGCCGUAGUCAUAAGAAUAAUAAAAGGCUUCAUGGGAUGACUGACAGGAGUGGGCGUGGUCAACGGGCGGGGCUUUCUGCCAGAGCGAACACGCGGCUCCGUGAUCGGUGCGCUUUUCCCCCUCGAUCCGUGCAGACGCCCACACCUUGUGAUUCGCGAUUCAUGAUUCACGAAUCGCAGCGCUUUUAACGCACCCCGACGCCACCGGACGCGAAGCGGAUCUACGGAACCCGUCACACAUCGGCGCCAGCGCUCCCGGAAUACGUUCAGCCGCAUCUCACACGGGUCAUGACGCUGGAGGCGAUCCGGUACCGGCCCGGUUCUCUGCAGAUCCUCAACCAGCUGCUGCUGCCGCACGAGACCGUGUACGACGAGAUCCGCUCGGUGCGGGACGGAUAUGAGGCCAUCAAGAGCAUGAAGGUGCGCGGCGCUCCCGCCAUCGCCAUCGUGGGCUGCCUGAGCCUGGCGGUGGAGCUGCGGGGGGGCGCGGGGGGCGACGACCUCGUGUCCUUCAUCAGGGACUCGCUGUGCCACCUGACGUCCGCUCGACCCACGGCGGUCAACAUGGGCCGAGCCGCCCGCGAGCUCAUGGAGUUCACAGAGAACGAGAGCAUGGAGAAGAACACGGAGCCGCUCCGAGACAGCGUGAUUGGCUGGAUCGAGGAGAUGUUGGAGCGAGACGUGAACGAUAACAAAAAAAUUGGCAACUACGGCGCGCAGCACAUCCUGUCGGGCGUCCCGCGAGACUCGAUCACCAUCCUCACGCACUGUAACACCGGCAGCCUGGCCACCGCGGGAUACGGCACGGCUCUCGGAGUGGUGCGGUCGCUGCAUGCGCUGGGCCGCUUGAAGCGUCUGUACUGCACAGAGACCCGGCCCUACAACCAAGGCGCCCGGCUGACGGCGUACGAGGCCGUGGCGGAGGGGUUCCCAGCCACCCUCAUCACAGACAGCAUGGCGGCGCUCGCCAUGAGGGAGAAGGGCAUCACAGCUGUCGUCGUCGGAGCGGACCGGGUUGUUGCCAACGGCGACACGGCCAACAAGGUGGGCACGUAUCAGCUGGCCAUCGCUGCCAAGCAUCACGGUAUACCGUUUUACGUGGCGGCGCCCAGCACGUCCUGCGAUCUGAGUCUGGAGAGCGGACGAGACAUCGUGAUCGAGGAGCGUCCAGCUCAGGAGCUCACCAGCAUCAACGGAGUUCCUGUAGCCGCUCCUGGGAUCGAUGUGUGGAACCCGGCGUUCGACGUCACUCCUCACCAGCUGAUCACGGGCGGCAUCAUCACCGAGCUCGGCGUGUUCCUGCCGUCCGAACUGCAGGCCGCUCUGACGGGGAGACUCACGGCUCUGUAGGGCACUCGCUCUCCUCAUGGUUUCACCUCACUGUGGUGGAAGUUGCACCUUUAACUACACACACAAGCGUCGGCACCGAGGUGUAAACAAGGUAUACUAGGCACGUUCGAUUCAACACUUACAACGUGGAAUAACACCAUGUGACACACACUUGUACAACCCAGGGAUGCUUGUAAACACACACAAACACACACACACACACACACACACACACAAGUACGUUCUCCUUCUCUCUGUGUGUACAGCUCAUGUCACGUCAUCUCAUGUCUUGUUCCUUUUUCCACUCGUUUCUUCCCCUCUAUCUGGCUCAGCUCCCGUU